AUGUCUCGCCCCGAAGAUACCCUCGCGGCCGAUGUCCACUAUGACGACACCGAAGCUCGCAAGUACACCACCAGCUCCCGUAUCCAGAACAUUCAGGCCUCCAUGACCCGUCGUGCCCUCGAGCUCCUCGACCUCAAGUCUCCCAGCUUCAUCCUCGACAUCGGUUGCGGCAGUGGUCUCUCCGGCGAGAUCCUCUCGGACGUCCCCGAAGACGAAGGCGGCCCUCACGUCUGGGUUGGCAUGGACAUCAGCCCGUCCAUGUUGGAUACGGCUCUACAGCGCGACGUCGAGGGCGAUCUUUUCCUCGCAGAUAUUGGCCAGGGCGUGCCAUUCCGCGCCGGUUCCUUCGACGCCGCCAUCAGCAUCAGUGCCAUCCAAUGGCUAUGCAACGCCGAAACCAGCGACACCGCCCCGUCCACCAGACUCUCGCGCUUCUUCAACGGCCUCUACGCCUCGCUCAAGCGUGGUGGCAGAGCCGUCUGCCAGUUCUACCCCAAGAACGACGUACAAAAGCAGAUGAUCACUGCCGCCGCCGUCAAGGCUGGCUUCGGCGCCGGUCUGCUCGAGGACGACCCCAACACCAAGAACGUCAAACUUUACCUGGUUCUCACGGUCGGCAAGGACGCAACCGGUGGCAAGGACAUCAGCACUGUCGUCGAAAACAUGGACGGCGUCGAUAUCCUUGACCAGAGAAAGAAGGGCAAGGGCGGAAAGGGCGAGAUCAAGAAGGGCAGCAAGGGCUGGAUCAUCAAGAAGAAGGAGCAGAUGGAGCGCAAGGGCAAGAUUGUCAAGGCCACCUCCAAGUACACUGGUCGCAAGCGCCGUAUCCAGUUCUGA